CGCGGUACAACGAGGGAGAUUACUCCAACAGUCAAUCGUUUCCCGAGAGUAUUUCUUUUCUCUCGCCCAUUGCUCUUUCAACACGCUCUGGUCGGGCUUUCCUAUAGACUACCGUCUACUGCUUCCGUACCCCUGCACAUUUCAUGUGCCAAGGACCCAGUCGUCAUUGACCAGUGCGCAUGCUGGGCCCCAUUUCGGCGUGGACAGGCGCCUUUGCGCGCACACUGUCCGACACCACAAUUGACCGCACGCAAGAAAAUGAUGGGCCUCCUACUUGGAAGCUUAUUCUAGCUACUAUCUGUUUGAUCUGGUGCAUUACAGUCGCGCUGGUUUGCGCCGUGGGUUAUAUCCAAAUACAACGACAUUAUCUCUCGAUUCCACGAGAUGCUGCGUCGACUUCUCUCCCUCACCGCGACAUACCGCAUAUUACAAUUUUGCGGCCUGUAAAAGGGCUGGAACCUAGUCUUUACGAGUGUCUUGCGGCCACGUUUCGGCAGACGUAUCCCCGAGACAAGCUUACAAUCUACUUCUGCAUUUCCACGCGCGAUGACCCAGCAUUUCCGGUCUUGGGGAAGCUACUUGCUGACUUCCCCGAAUUCGAUGCCAAGAUUCUCAUCGAGGAGGACGAUGCUCAUUUGCAGGCGUAUGAUUCGACCAUGGGACCAAACCCCAAGGUUCGCAACAUGAGUAGAGGAUACCGGGAAGCCAAAGGGGAGUUGAUCUGGAUCAUUGACUGCAAUGUAUGGAUCGCAAGCGGCGUGGCAGGUCGCAUGGUCGACACUCUAUGCGGCUUCACGCACAACGGCGUCCCGGGGAAGAAGUACAAAUUCGUUCACCAGCUUCCUCUGGUGGUGGACACCGCGGGAAAGAUGUCAAGAGAGGAAGUCGAAGCGCGUGGAUUGUUGAACGGGCAUCACGAUGGCGAUGGCGACAUCUACGUUUCUUCUACGAAUUCAUCCACUUUCGAUAUUAAUCGAAACCGACCCUCUACUCGACUGGGCACGAUAUCAAGGAUUGGAGGAGGCCGGCUUGAGGAGCUCUUCAUGUCUUCUUCCCACGCCAAGUUUUACACUGCGAUAAAUACAGUUCUGAUCGCACCCUGCAUCGUCGGAAAGUCGAACAUGUUCCGCCGCGCGCAUCUUGACCACGUUACGUCGCAGGAAGAUCCUUCAAGGCCCUCUGGAAUCGACUUCUUUUCAGAGAAUAUCUGUGAGGACCACCUCAUUGGCGAUUUGCUCUGGCGCAAGCCUGUGCUAGAAGAACAGUACGAAAAAUGGGGCAAACACUGCAUGGUGUUUGGCGAUUUUGUCAUCCAACCUAUGGCCGGGAUGAGCGUAAAGGAGUACAUUGCCCGGCGAGUCCGCUGGCUGCGUGUUCGGAAAUUCACUGUCACAAUGGCUACGCUGGUCGAGCCUGGUACGGAGAGUUUCUUGUGUUCCAUCUACGGGGCAUUCGCAGUAACAACGUUGCCAUGGUUCCAUCGAAGGUUGGGAAUUCCUCCGAGCUGGACAGCAUUCGCGGUCUUCUGGUUCUUCAGCGUUGCCCUCUGGGCUUUCAUUGACUGGACACUGUAUCGCAAGCUGCAUUCCGGCGCAUCCAUUGCGGUUGAUGGCUAUACUCCGGCCUUUGCUCGCCCACCUGGAUCGUCCUCCCGCCGUCCUUUCCGGGAGUGGUUCCUUGCCUGGCUCGGUCGCGAAGCGCUGGCGUUUCCUGUCUGGUUCUGGGCGGUGUUUGGAGGAGUCACCGUACAGUGGCGUGGAAAGCGCUUCUGGGUUGGCAUGGACAUGAAGGUUCAUGAAAUAGCUGGCCAAGGUGGCUACAGCCAUGCUGGAGAUCUUGCAACGCCGCGUCCCUCAUCGCGGGGACGACGAAGUUCCGUGUCCGCGGCAUCAUCGCUCUCAUCUUCUUCGUCUACUAGUGCGCCCUAUGAUGGGCGUUCAAAAUCUCGGAGAGAUUGAAUGUCUUAAAAAAAGCACUAGGGUUUACUGUAUAUAAGGGUUGAUGCGAUGCGUACGUCGCACCGCACAAGGGAGACGUUGGACGAUGUUGAUGUCGAAGUUGAAGUGGAAAAGUUCAGCAUAUGAGAUUACGAAAAAGAUCCAUUUAACAUAACCAGCUUAGACUAGAUAGCCAGUUAUGUUGCACAGCAUUUGGCGUUUUAUAGGUAGAUGAUCCAUC